UAGGAAACGUUUUCAAUAGGAAGUUUUACACUGUAUUCGAUGUGGAGAUGAAGAGAAUUGGAUUCGCCGAAAGCAUUCAUGACGGGACUGCUUAGAUAAUCUUCCUUUUUUAAUGGGAAGAUGAAGUAAAGUUUCAAUUAAAAUACAGAGCACUCAUGGGUAGAUAAUUCAGUCUUGAAUUGAGAAAGAAAAAUUAACAUUGCUGUGAAGUUUUGAGCCGUGGAGGUGCAAAAAUGAAGUCAUUUUCUUUAUUACUGCCAAUAUUAUUCAUCAGCAUCCACUACAUUAGAGGAGAUGGCAACCGAAUACCCCUAUCAAUAUACGAGAACGAAGACAAAGACGAUAACAACUCUGUAGAGUUUUAUGGAACUAUUUCAAUCGGAACACCGCCACAGAAAGUGAACGUAUCAUUCGACGUGGAAUUUGGCACCACGCAUGUGCUCUCAAGUUAUUGCAACACUUCACUGUGUCGUGCCCAAAGACCCAGUGCUUAUAACCACAAAAGCUCGAAAACUUCUCGAUAUGAAGAUGACUUUGAUAGAAAAUUUUCGGAACAGCUCACGGGUGCUUUUGUAUAUGAUAAUAUUACAAUAGGUAAUAUCCACUUACAAAACGAACCAUUUUUGGUAACGACACACACACAAUAUAACAACAUCUUUUACGAUGGUAGACCAUUCGAUGGUAGAGUAGGAUUAAAUAACAAUACAUUCGGAUUAGAGAACUCUUAUAUACGACACUGCAAAAACCUUGGACUGAAGAAGAAAUUUUCAUUAUACACCAAUUAUCCUUGGAACAAUGAUACCUCUGAAUUGAUGUUAUGUGGCGAAGACAACACAAAGUUUCGGGGUAACUUGCAAUACGUUACUCUAAUGGAUAGUGAAAUAGCUAGACCAUGGCAUGUUGCAAUGCAAAGUGUUUUGUUGCAUCAUAACGAUGAAAGUGUUCCAGUAAUGGAAUUUCCAGGCAGAUAUUUCUCACUUGAUCCUAACUUGCCAUACAUCCGAGGGCCAAGAGACGACAUUGAGAGAAUCUACAAAGUGUUGAACGCCACACCAUCAAAACAUAAAAAGUUGAAACAGGUCGACUGCAAAACCAUUCAUUCAUUACCAAAUAUCACAUUUAGAACUGUUGACAAUAAUUUCACUCUCACAGGAAAUGAUUACAUCAGACAGAUGACGCAAAAUGGUCAACGGGUCUGCAUAGUUCGGUUGGACAUACCAGAUAGGAACUUCUCAAAUUCAAUCUGGACCAUAGGAAAUGUUUUUAAUAGGAAGUUUUACACUGUAUUCGAUGUGGAGAUGGGCAGAAUUGGAUUUGCCGAAAGCAUUCAUAACCGGGCUGCUUAGAUAAUAAUCUUCAUUGUUUAAUGGGAAUGAUGAAGUAACGUUUCAAGUACUUACAUACCUAUUAAUUAUUUUUCUAUUCUAAAAUUAUAUUAGGUAGUAUAAUAAUUAUUAGGUAUGAUUCAUUUUUGAUAUCGUUCAAUAAUCAGAUUUCACCAGUUUCUAAAAUGCUUCAUGAGUUUUGUGAGUUCUAAUUUUUUAUUCGCGGUUCAGUUUUUAUUUACAUUUAUGUUAAUCAAGUUGUAAGCUUGUUUCAUGGAACUUGAGCCAAAUUUCAUUGAAUUUUUAAAUAAAAUCUAUGUAAUAUAAGCUAAGUAUUUAGCUAAAACUGUACCAAUUGUAUCCGUUUCAAAUUAAUAAAGUAAUUUUAUCGAUGC